AUGUCUGACAAAGCUCACAAAGUUUGGAAGGAAGAAAGAACCCUAUACCAGUACCUCACCCCAGCUAUAAAGAACUUUGAAGAAACCACAAAACGUCUGCUAGAAAAUUACACAAAAGUUCUGUUUGUGCGACACCCCUUCGAGCGUCUCGUCUCCUAUUAUCGAAUGAUGUUUCAUUUCACUUCCUUCGAAAGUGACGAUGUCAGUGGGAUUUCUUGGCACCUCUUCAAUCGCGUUCGGCGUCUGUUUCAUCGCCCAAUGAUUCCGCGAGAUCGUUCCAAAAAUCUCACCCAACUGUUCCCAUUCAGGGAUUUCAUUCAGUUUGUUAUUGACCACGCAAAAAAUACCAAAGAUGGCUCCUGGAAAGUUGAUGGCUAUGUGGACACCCACUGGUUGCCUAUAUCAGAACAGUGCUUUCCCUGCCAGGUGCGCUAUGACAUCAUAGGCAAAUUGGAAAACUUUGACGAAGAUCUUGACCAAGUAGCAAAACACAUCGGUAUUCGUCAGAAAAUUCUUUAUCCUUCUUCUAUGAAACGGAAAACAUACGGACACGUCAAAGAGGCCUUUAAAACGCUGUCGCCCCAGCAGAUCACGGAAUUAAAGAGAAUUUACAGCCGAGAUUUCAAACUUUUUAAUUAUGAGCAUGAUGAGUGA